CUUCAGUCAGUCCUUCUGCACAGAAGGCAUCACAGCGAAGAGGGAGUGUAUAAUUUUAACCACAUAGCACAUGGUUAAUAAAUAUAAUAAUAGUUUAUAAAAAUAGUAUUUCUAUUUAAAAUAAGAUUUGCGUUAUAAAAUCUGACAUUUAAACGAGCAUUUCAAUUAGAAUUUAGUUUAAAUGGAACGAGAUAUCGAAUCCGGCUUCUACUGUGAGGUUAACUAAACGUGCGCGAAACAUUAAUACUACAUUAAAUUCUUUAAAUCUUGUCAAAUAUACAGAGAUGCACGUUCACUCACUGCAUUAAAGAGAUCGUGAAAUGGGGAAAGCUUAUUCUCUUCUGCUACGCCCUUUUCGUAAUUUCAAUGUCGAGAGUCGAGCGCAACGCAUCAUUUCACAAGAUAAGCCGACGCCUGCUCCUCACCAUCCCUCGGUGCAGAAACAAAAAGCGAUCGUAGAAAAAUUGGAACCCGAUUUCUUCGAGAUUCAUAACAAAAAAGAUCCCCACUUGGACGAUCGCUUAAAGAGCGUCUUCGUUCAGUCGGCUGAUCCUCAGGAUGAGCCUAGUGAAGUUCUGACUUCGACCAGACCACUGCCACAAAACAGGAGUCGACCACCCCCGAACUUGUACAAUGGCAUGUACGAUCAUAAAACACCGUCAAGCGCAGCUGGGAAAUGUUCUCUGAAAAACGCGAUCCAGUUUAUAAACAACCAUCAGCAAGACCCUGAGAAGUACACCAUCGAAAAUAUAUCGCAAACGUACAAGCUAGAUAAAAAAGUAGUAGAGGACAUUAUAACGAAUUUUAAGCUCUUCCAAUCGAUGGAUUCUAAACUUGAUCCAUUCAAGCCGAAUAUAGAAUAAUUUUGUACACCGUGAUUGUAAAAAUAUGUAUAUAGUAUAAAUAAUAAUCAAAAUACAAUGCUAA